AUCUUUCUUUUUCAUUAGCAGAGAGAGAGAGAGAGAGAGAGAGAGAGAGACGAUCCUUUAACAGAAACACUCAGAGGCCAAGUUGCGUAGCCGUAAUCUAGCGUCCUCCUUCCUCGUCGCUCUUCCCAAGAUCCUCUCUCUUCUUCGAUUUUCGUAACCCUAGCCUCCUCCGCCUCCCGAUUUCGCGUUUUCUCACGAUCGAAAGAAAAUGGUAGCUGAUAGCAAAUCCGACCUUCCCUUGCCCAAAAUUUUCGCCUGCAGUGCCUUCGCUGCUUGCGUCGGCGAGAUAUGCACAAUUCCGUUAGACACUGCUAAAGUUAGGCUUCAGCUCCAAAAGUCUGCUCUUGCUGGAGAUGUUACUCUGCCUAAAUAUCGUGGAUUGUUGGGAACUGUUGGUACCAUUGCUAGGGAAGAAGGUUUACGUUCACUAUGGAAAGGUGUCGUACCUGGAUUGCAUCGUCAAUGCCUCUUUGGUGGUCUUAGGAUUGGAAUGUAUGAGCCGGUGAAAAACUUGUAUGUUGGAAAAGACUUUGUGGGUGAUGUUCCAUUGAGCAAGAAAAUUCUUGCUGGUUUGACAACAGGUGCACUGGGUAUCAUGGUAGCAAAUCCCACUGAUCUUGUGAAAGUUAGGCUUCAGGCUGAAGGAAAACGAGCUGCAGGUGCGCCAAGACGGUAUUCCGGAGCGAUGAAUGCGUAUUCAACAAUUGUGAGACAGGAAGGAGUCCGAGCUCUUUGGACUGGUCUUGGGCCUAACGUAGCAAGAAACGCAAUUAUCAAUGCUGCUGAAUUAGCGAGUUACGAUCAAGUGAAAGAGACAAUCUUGAAGAUUCCGGGGUUCACUGACAACGUCGUCACACAUAUUCUAUCUGGACUGGGGGCAGGAUUCUUUGCUGUCUGCAUUGGCUCUCCUGUUGAUGUGGUUAAGUCAAGAAUGAUGGGAGACUCUGGUGCUUACAAAGGCACUAUUGACUGCUUCAUCAAAACUCUGAAGAGCGAUGGUCCUAUGGCAUUUUACAAGGGUUUCAUCCCCAACUUUGGACGCCUUGGCUCAUGGAACGUCAUCAUGUUUUUGACCCUCGAACAGGCAAAGAAGUACGUCAGGGAACUCGAUUCGUCCAAAAGAAACUGAGACACAAAGUUUUAAGCAGAGAGAAUAAGAGCUACAUCGUUUUUUUUCUUUUCUUAAUUUCGGUGAUUGAGAGAGGCCAGAACUUGGUCUAAUAUUGUUUUGGGAAUAGAGAGUCAGUUUUCAAAUAAAAUUUCCGUGGUUUGCUCAUGUUUUGGGUGUACCAUUCCAACAUUUUAUCACAAAAUAACAUACAUUUUUCUC